CCCAAAUCCAAGAUGGAGUCUCUGAGUAAAGUGGGGCAGGAGAUGAGUCUGGCGGCCUUAAAGCAGCACGACCCCUACAUCACCAGCAUCGCCGACGUGACCGGCCAAGUGGCCCUGUACCGCUUCAACCCAAAGGCCAACGAGUGGGAGAAGACUGAUGUAGAAGGUACCUUAUUUGUCUAUAAAAGGUCUGCCUCACCUUACUAUGGCUUUACAAUUGUGAAUCGAUUGAACAUGCACAACUUGGUUGAGCCUGUAAACAAGGACUUAGAAUUUCAACUGCAUGAACCCUUUCUACUAUACCGAAAUGCCAAUUUGUCAAUUUACAGUAUCUGGUUCUAUGACAAGAAUGACUGUCAGCGAAUAGCAAAACUCAUGGCUAAAGUGGUACAAGAAGAAACACAGAGAUCCCAGUUACAGGACAGAAGAAGUAUCAGCAAGAUUAAUGGUUGCACUGAUAUCCUGGAGAUGCUUAGCAAGGCCAAAGUUGAAUAUGAACGGGUAAGAAAGAAUCAGAAGAGUGACUUAAUCUGUGGGACACCGCAAACUGCAAAUCCUACAAAGACUGAAAAUGCAGAGACUUCAGAGCAUGGAUCAUCGGUGUUACAAAUGCAAGAUCAUCCAUGUCAAUCCAUACCUAAACAUCUCACAGUGGAAGAAUUAUUUGGAACUUCAGUACCAAAGGAACACACUACAGUUCCCUAUUCCAGCCCAGAGACAACAGAGAAAAUUGAUAUUGCAUGCAGAGAACACAGUUUACUCUUACCCUUUUCAUUAGAGCAAUCAACAGUGAUCCAUCAGUCUCUGGGAAAAUUGGAUACUCCAAACUUGAGAAGUAAUUCUGGUACCUUACUGCCACAGGACUGUGUGCCACCCUUACUUAUUGCUUCUCCUUUGGUUUCACAGCCUGAACAAAAUAAAGUUUCAAACUAUACUGUGCCGUUAAGUCCUGUACUUAAUUCAGCCUUGGCAACAGAAGCUCCCUGUGUGCAAAUGCUUCAGAGUUUGAAUACAAACAAUAAUAUAAAGCAAGUUAUGCAUCAAACUGCCAAGCAAGUAACUCCACUUGUGAAUCAGCCAUCAACUGACAUGAACCAUGGUCCACAAACUAUAACUCCUGGUCAAAACCAGUUCUUAACUUCCUUGGCGGCAGCAAAUACAGGAGAUGCUUCAAACACACCACUUCCAAAUAUGGAUCUUUUUCAAAAACUCAGGUUGACCCCACAACAUGACCAAAUGCAGCAGCCACUUAGUAAGACCCCAGUAGCACCAAACUCUACCCCUUCCAUUAGCCAGCUGGCAACACCAGAUUGUUUCAAGGAAUCCCAUAUCAAGCAGCCAACAGUAACUGGUAAAAUGAUUCCACCUGUUCAGGUUACACAGCAAAGCAAGGAGCUUGAAACAUUUCCAAAUUCCAAAGCAUUGCCGAAGGUUGCUUCCCCACAGUUUGCGACAGCGACAACCACAAUGACACCGUCCGUGCUUUUGUCACCUAGUGUGUUCCAGCAGUCAGCCAUGAAAUCCUCUGAAAUGGAAAACAAAGUGGGUUCAUCUUCUCCUCUCACACUUGGAGCAGUGGAAGUGCAAACUUUACCUCCUACAGUUCUCAGUAGAUCUCAGCUUCAAGAAACCUUAAUACAUCUAAUAAAGAAUGAUGCAAAAUUUCUCAAUACUCUUCAUGAAGUUUAUGUACAAGUCCUGACCAAGAAUACCGACAGCAUCAAACUAUAACUGAAGUGAAUUCAAUUCCACUGACCACCUAUCUGCUUCAGAAACAAUUAUGCCUCUUCUUUAAAACUGUAGUAUUUUAAAAAAUAGUUUUAGUUCUUGAAGUCUUAAUUUGUAGCCUCCUAGGAGACAUUGCUCUCAGAAGUGAUCUAGGUUUCACUGUGACCAAUCACCAGCAGGCUUUUACUUCUGUAUGGGGAAAAUGGUCUUCAUGUUAAACAGCACAUUAUUUUUUUAGCAGUUUUGAAUAAUACAAAAAAGUUUGGCCUGAUUCUCUCCCACCCCCAUAUGUGUACAUUAAUAAGUGGGGCAGAUGUGGUCUAAGCUGUGUGUUUGGCAGCAGAAUAAAAGCGAAAAGAAUGUUGAAAGCAGCCUCUAAUUUAAGCAGACAUGGAAUAUCCAGAGGAUAUUUUUAGGGUUUUGGAAGGAAAUAGAUAGACAUGCUGCUAGCCUUCCAGCUGGAUGGCCUUAGUACAGCAUUGACCAACCUAUUGAAGCCAAUAUUGUGCAGGGCUGAUCUAUGUAUUUGGUUUUACUAAGGUGGAAUCCAACCUGGUUAUCAAAUACCUUGUAAACAGGAGUUAACAAUAUCUUAAAUGUAGUUAACAAUAACUUUAAUGUAUUUUGUUGGUUGGUUUGUUAAAGCUAUUAUUUUUAAACAAAUUGUUUUUAAACACGAUGAAUAGAAUAUCAUUGUGGCUACUGUAUUGUUCUGUCCAGGUUAAAUGCAAAUUUGGGAAGAUAUUUUCCCAGGAAAAGGAUGGACUGCUUCCAGAGAAGUGUGUGUAACCUUAUUUACAGUCUUGGCACAUCAGUAAUAAAUGCAGACAGACCUCCCCAUAUUGUUUUUAAUUUGCAGGUUUUUGUGGGCCUAUCUUAUAUAUGGGUUAAGAUUUUAUUAUAUACGAAGAUCAGACUUACUCCCAAAGGAAGUCAGACUCUGAUCUCUUAUUUGUUUGAUAGGCUGCUAGUGAUCUCUCUGUGACUUGUAUUUAUUUCAUUAUGGCAUGUGAUAGUAGCUAGCAAUACUCUAGUGUAACAUAAAUCUCAAUUUAUUUAAGCAAUAGUAAUGUCUAAAGGAUAGGGGGUUUGUUUUUUUAAGAUACAAUGCCAUUGUUUUAUAUUGUGAAAAGUGGUUUGUAGUCAGUUUAACCAGUCAACAUGCACUGCCUAUUUGUCAAAGCAUCAUUGUAAUGUAGGAAGAGCAUUGUGCUGGCAAUGCAUAUUACCAUAAGUUUCCUGUGCAAUCCUUGGAAAUGGGUAGAGUUUGUAAAAAAAAAAAAAAAAAAGCACAGCUGGGCUCUUGUACAAGCCCCAUUCUUUCAGUAGGAUUUGCAAUGGAAAAGAACCUGGAGUAGAAUGUACCUGUUAACUCUUUAACAUUUAAUGUGAGAAUGAUGACAGCAUAAGUUCCAGGUACUAGUUCGGAUUCAUCAACCAAGCUUUCAUUAUUAUGACUUCAUUACUAACCAGUGUUUUUGAUAUAAACAGUGUGUUGAUUUUUUUUAAUCAUUCAACUAUAUACUUCGGUUUGAGUGAAUUUUUUUUUUGGAUUUUUUUUAUGUUUAGCAAACUCUGCCUUCUAAGAGAAACUUUUCAACCUUUGAAUUCAGUGUUUCUAGUUACAAACCUUGUAUUUGAUAUUGGAUAAGUGUGCAGAAUUCAGGGAAAUAUGGGAGUAGUGACAUGCACAUUUGACUAAUGUAUUGGCUUUAAUUGUGGAACUCGAAUGCAUCUUUUCAGGCUUUUUAGAUUUUUGUAAGAAACAUAUGAGCUCUGCUUGUGUGCUGGACCAUUAAUAGCACAUCCAUCUAUGUGUACUAAAAAGCUUCCUUAUCUAAAUAGAUUUCUGAUAAAUUUUUUUGGGGAGGAAAGAAACCCAACCAGUGUAGUACUCUUAAAUUCUAUUUUAAGUGGCUAUAUUACAUAGACCAAAUUUAUAUAAUGCUAUGUUUAUAGAAAACCAAGAAGAGCAGUCAUUAAUUACUGUGCAUGGAAAGAAGAAAGUUAACCAUAAACAUGAGAGUGGGGCUGAUAAUGCAUGUUAGGCAUAGUGAUAAUGAGCUGAACUAUAUCACAACCUUUAAAGUGAGCAUAUCCAAAGAAAUAAAACAAAUAAAAAGGGUUCCCUGAUUUUGAAUGUACCAUUAAGAUCCUGUGUCUUCAAGUGUUAACAAGAAGGGAAUAUUGUGUUGAACAACAAUGACAUUUUCAAGAACGAUUUAUUACAAUAGACUUUGUACUCCCAUUUACCACUUUGCAUUGUAAUUUUCUGGAAAUCUCAGUUGGUAGCUGGCAGAUUCAAAUUCUCAAUUGCUAGAAGUAUGUUCAACAUCAAAAAUAAUUCUCUGUUUCUAAGGCGAAUGUCUUUAGCUAGAAGUUGUAAUGAAAGUUUUUUUUUCUACUUUUUGACAGUGGGUUUGCAUUAAUCUUGACUCUUACACACAUCAACGUUACAUUUGCGUAUGUAGCAGGCUCAGGCUGGGAGAAUGGGAUUCUACUACACAGUACUAAGCACUGUUUGCAACAUUCAGCAUAUACCACACUAGUGCUCUUAUUACUUGUUGUGAUGUGAUGAUAAAAACAAUGAAAAACUUUUAAAGAAUUGCUUUGAAAAACAAAUGUUGCAAAAUUAAAUAACAGAUGUUUACAAAAUGUGAAAAUCAGUCGACAGCUAUAGUCUGAAUACUUUAACAUUUUUUAAAAUUCCAAGUUUGGAUUUAUAACAUUUGUUUCUUGUUACCUGCAUGCAGCAGUGACAAAUGCAUAGCUAACCGACCAAUGCAGCCAUUAAUUUGAGCAUUUAUUUUGGCAAGGUGUUCUCUCUUUCCUGAAAGUAGACCAUGUUUUAGAUUGUAUUCUCAAAUGAAUAUUCACUAAGCAUGUAUUUUUUUUGUUUCCUGUAUGAUGCUUUUAAACAAUGCUUAAUAUUUGUCUAUUCAAAAGUGGCUUUAAGACAUACAGCUUAUUCAAGAAUUGAUUGCUGUUUUAUAGGUAAAAGUUAUAGUUACUGUUACAUUAACAAUGCUAUUAUUUUAAAGAUGUGCCUGAAAGUAUAUAUUUGUAACACACCUUACAUAAAUUAAAUAGUUUUCACUGACGCGCGCACACACACACACACACACACACAGAGUGCCACCUUUUGUUGGCUACUUGAGUUGCUUAAGCAUAUCUUAAAAAGAGGAAUGUGUGCAAUAUAUAUUUCACCUCAGUUUUUGACAUCUUUGCAAAAAUGUUAAGAUGCAAUAUCUUCACUUUAUGUGGGAAAAAAUUGCAAUAAUCUUCCCCUUGUGGUUUGUUUUUGUACCAGUUUAACAUUGUGGACACAUGGUGGUUCUUUGUUAAAAAUGCACACUAUACUCAAAUGUUUGGGUUUACUGUUUUAAUUUGCACUCACAUUCAUAUUGAGAAAUUGAGGUGCUUCAGAUCUUUGGGAUUUUAAGUAGCAACAUUUGGGAAAACUGUGGACAUGAUCCUGUCUGACAGGUGCAGGACCUACCCUGAAAAUUUUCCAUAAGCUCGGUAGAGAUGUGCUUUCCUAUUUCUGUUGGCACAUGGAAAGCUGAAGCGGCCAUUAGGAGAGGAAUUGGAUUUUUAUGCAUGCCUCCCACAUUCUUCUGUUCUCCUUAACUGCCUAGUGCAAGGUAUAUGUGCUCCAAUGCCCCUGUAUAGGUGGGAGUGCUGGGGAUAGGGCUGUAUUUUGCAUGUUGGAUUCCUCACUAAGUUGAUGCGCACCUGUGUUGGAUGGGAUUAUGCCCAGUAGUUUUUGAGCAACAUUUUAACUGUCACCAUAAAGCAUCAUUAACAUUUCAGAAUAUGGGUAUGUAAUUUGUGCCAUCUUAUUAUGUUGGCAAAUAUUAAGUUAUUGCAUAAAUGUUUAAGAAUGAGCAUUUUUCAUUGAAAAUUUUGUAUGUUUGCAGAUAUAUUUUUGUAAUAAAACUUGAAAGACAAA